AAUCUAAUAUAAGUUCAGAUAAAAAAGAUGAGAUGGAAAUGCAAGCUGAAGCAGAUAUACGAGAUGAAAUAGAAGCACAGGAUGAAGUAGAAUCGACUAGUGAAUCAGAAACACAAGAUGAGUUAGAAAUACAAGAUGGGCUAGAAAUGCAAGACGAGUUAGAGAUAGAAAAUGAAUUUGAAAUGCAAGAUGGAUUAGAAAUGGAUAAUUUAAUAGAAGAAAACUACAGCGAGAAGGAUAUUAGCAAUGAUAAGAAUAUGGAUGAAGAUCUAAUAAUUGAUGAAUCAGUGGACAUAAAUCAGAUACCAAAUAACACAUUUUACUUUGAAAAUUCAACUUCUACAUUAUUGUUUUGUUGGAUACAAAAACACAAUAUUUCAACAAGUGCAUAUAAUAACCUGGUAUAUAUAUUACAAAGUCUAGCUUUUAAUACAAAUGACGUUGUAAAAGAUGUACGAAAACUUUGGAAAUUAAGAAAUCGAUUACCAUUAAUUCCAAUAAGAACACGUCCUAUUAAGAUUAAUCAGAUGAAAAUGCCAUCAACAUCUAAAGUAACAAAAAGAAUAUUGGCACAGUGA